GCGGUUCUCUUCGCGCCUCCAUCGCUCGCUCAACUUGCUCUCACUUUCGUGAUCCGGUGACGAUGGAAGAAACUGAUUCAAAGAUGUCGCUUGAGUUAAUAGCUAAAGCUUUGUUAGACACUAUAGCUAAAAGUCAUGAGUUGAGGGAAGCACUUGCAGCAUGGGCUGAAGCAUCUAAGGCCAAAACUGAAGCAUCUAAAGCAAAAGCUGAAGCAUAUAAAGCAAAAGCUGAAAGAUAUAAAGGUGAGAGAAGCAAGGAGGUCACUUCUUCUUCUUCGUCAGAAUAUUCUCUUGCUAAGUGUAUGGUUAUUCUUGACAAGAUGGCGAAAUUAGGUAUAUCAGAAUCUGAUUAUAUGAAAACCUUGAAAAUUUUGAAGAGCGACCCUGGAUUGAGAGAGGAAUUUUUCUUAACUUGAGUGAUGAGAAGAAAAGGUUAUGGCUACGUAAUCUUUAUCAACUCAACGUUUUAUGAGUCUUUAUUUUGCUAUUGAACUUUAUGAUUAUGUCAUUAACCUUAUGAGUU